AUGACGAUUGAUAAAUUUUCACUGCAGGAGGCAACGGUGAAUACAGAGGAAGACUUAGCAUUUGUUUUCCUCCAUAAGGUAUUGGUAUUAGACUACAGAGCAAGACAGGUGACCUUAAAAGAUGAGAUCAUAGGGUCAGCUGAUUCAGAAAAGGCCCCUGUUACAGGACAUUCAAGAGAAGAUAACUGUGAUAUAAUGAGCUAUAUCAGUCGAAAGAAGAAACAGUCAAACAAACAGGCAAGUAUUCAUCCAAUGGAUGUUCAGAUGGCCGUGUUUCAUUGUGCAGACAUUUUUUUGAGGCAGGACAUGAUGACUAAACUCUCUGCCUGUCAGUAUGCACUGCCCCUGCUGGUGCCCGAUCCUGCCACCGGAGAUGUAGAGGUCCCUCUGUGGGGGUUUCGACAGAUUAGAAAGAGCUGGAAAACCAUUGGAAGCGCCAAUGAAGUCAUCAUCAGAAGCAUGCCAGUUUACUCUGUAUACACGCCAAUGGUAGCAUUCUUUAGGGCUGGCACCUUUUCCUGUUCUAAGUCUCAGCUCUUAGAUGCUCUCAUCCACUCACGUCAUGACACGUUCUUCCAUAGGCACUGUCCUGGAAGCAGUAGAAACUCCUUGCUAAUGGAUGGAGUUGUUGAAGUCGCCUGGUAUUGUCCUGGUGGAAAUAGUGAUGACAGGUUUGAAGACUGUGUUGCAUUUUGCAACCUCCAUGGUGAUGCAAGAGAACAUGAGAGGCAGCGAGAGUUCCUUGUUGAGACUGCAUCUGUCAAUGUCUGCAUGCUGGAGGACUUUGAUGUUGAUGCCCAAGGACAUGACAUCAUUCCAGGGUUUAUUAAAUCUACCAAGCCUCUGAUCUUUCUUCUUGAGAAAGAAGAAAUCAGUCUGACCUACAUGGCUGAAAAGCAGUUUAAAAUUGGCUUGAAGGACAGAAAUCAAGCUGAGAUCAUUAAAGAGCUUACAAUGGCAAUUAAACAUUUUCUGAACAAUUCAGGUCCCGCAUUUAAUCUGGUGGAGGUUGCUCUCUCCUCUGGGUUCAGAGUUGAUGAGAAUAUCAAAGACUGCCAGAAAGGAAAGGCCAAAGCUGAGAAUUUAAUGAAGGAGUUUGAGGGGAUGGAAUUCCCAAAAAUAAAAGAGAUACUGCUGCCUCGUCAGGGAAAACCAUGGCAUGAGUGGUGCCAGAAGAGUAGAGAUCUGCAUCAUCUACAUGGGAAUAUAACACAAACUCAGAGCGAAAUACACCAGAGCAUGAGGUCAUUGCGGAGGGACCAGAGAGGCUUUGCACUCAGCAGCUUCUUGAGGAAAUUUAUAAGAGAACUAGAAUCCAACAACGAAACACAGAAGUUGUACUUUCUUAAAUGGCUUGCAAGCUUUCUUGAUAAACACUUUGAGAGCGAACUGUCAGGGCUUCACAAGAGUUAUCAUAACAAAUGGUCAGAGGUGCUAGACUUAAAAAAGAAGCACAAAAAACCAGGUGAUUUGAAGGAAAAACAAGAGGAGCUGGAGAAAGUGUCUCAGCAACUUAGCGAUGCAACAUGUGGCCUUGAGCACCUUAUGAGAGAAAUGGGUCAGCUCUAUGAGGCCUGGGAGUCCCAGCCUGGGGGAUUGAAGAAAGAAGGAAUAGAUAUUUCUUCUCUUCCUGCACUGGCUGCAGACCUCAUGAUCUCUGGGCAUCCAGUGGAACUGAUGGAUGGUGAUGCUGCCCAUGUCCCCUUGCAGUGGAUAAGUGCAGUUCUGGGCAAGGUCCAUGAGAAAUUGGGAGAUAAGCAAGUCUUUGUUUUAUCAGUUCUGGGCAUUCAGAGUACGGGGAAAUCUACGAUGCUCAAUGCCAUGUUCGGCCUGCAGUUUGCAGUGAGUGCAGGAAGAUGCACCCGUGGAGCUUUCAUGCAGCUGGUCAAAGUUGCAGAAGAGCUAAGAAAAGAGCUGGGGAUUGACUACAUUCUUGUUGUUGAUACUGAGGGGCUUCGGGCUCUAGAGCUAGCUGGUAAAGCAACUGUUAGUCAUGAUAAUGAGUUGGUAACAUUUGUCAUCGGUCUUGGAAACUUGACCCUGAUUAACAUAUUUGGAGAAAAUCCUGCAGAAAUGCAAGACACGCUUCAGAUUGCCAUCCAAGCCUUCCUCAGAAUGAAGAAGGUGAAGCUGAACCCCAGCUGCAUGUUUGUUCAUCAGAACGUUUCAGACAUCUCUGCAGGAGAGAAAAACAUGGAGGGAAAGAGGCGUCUGCAGGAGAAACUGGAUGAGAUGACUUGUUUGGCAGCCAAGGAGGAGGAAUGUGACAUGGAGUGCUUCAACAAUGUGAUUGAAUUUGAUGUGGAAAGGGACGUCCAUUACUUUGCACAGCUCUGGGAAGGAAGUCCACCAAUGGCUCCCCCAAACCCACGAUACAGUGAAAAUAUUCAGAAGCUCAAGCAGGUUAUUUUGUCUGUUGCAAAAAAGAGAAAUUUAAACUUCUCUGAGUUUCAGAUGCGUGUUAAUGAUUUGUGGGAAGCUCUUCUGAAUGAGAACUUUGUUUUCAGUUUCAAAAAUACAUUCGAAAUUGCAGUGUACAGAAAGCUGGAAAAUGAGUUUGGGAAUUGGACAUGGACUCUCAGGAGUGCCAUGCUAUCCAUAGAAGACAAACUUCAUAACAGCAUUGAAAAUGGGUCAUUGGAAACUGUAGAGAGUAGUACCUUAAGGCUGGAAGUUAAGGGUACCUAUGAUACUAUUAAGACUGAGAUGGAGACGUACUUCUCUGAAGACAAAAACAAAGACAUUCUUGUUCAGUGGAGAAACAGAAUUGUAGCAAACAUUGAGAGCCUUCACAUUGACCUGAUAAAUGAAACCAGAAGAAAACUGAAUGAGAUCAUUCAGCAGAAGGCUGCUUGUAAAGAGUUGGAUGACAGGAGAAUUCAGUAUGAGAGUGAGCUGUACAACAGAAGCGAAGAGUUAGCCCUCAAAUUGAGACAGGAAAGCCACAAUGAACACAAGAUGAAGGAAGCGUUCGACUCAAUGUGGGAAAAAUGGGUUGCAGGUGUGAGAUCAAAAGUCCCGGCCAUUCAAGACAUCAACAUAGAGGAGGAUAUCAAAGAAAUCCUGCAGUUGUAUUUUGAACCUGCUCUGGUUGACUCUCGCAGCAUGUCAGGUCAGUCUGAACACGUACCACAGAAUGCCACAAAAAUCCGAGCAUUUUUGAUGGACCAGCUCUGUAAAGGCAAGAAAUAUUUUAAAUCAAAGCGCAAAGAAAGACAUGUGUCUGAGACUCAAUUCAGAACAAUGUCACAAAAUCUAGUUAGACAAACUAUGAAUUUCAUUCUGGAGAAACCAGUUGCUAAAAUGGGUUACAAUAAAAGUUACAUACAGGAAAUUGUAAAAAUGGUAAAUGACACACUUUCAGAGUCUGAACUCAUUGAUUAUUUUAAAAGGGAAGACAGGCUAGAUCUGCUUUUGAGUGUAUGUAAUACAGCUGCAAUUGAAUUCAAAACACUUCACAAACAUUUCAGAGAUGCAAAUGACCCUGUGGCUCACCUGAAUAGUAAGAAAGAACAUUACUACAAGAUCUUCAAGAUGCACUGCAAAGGCAAAGCUUCCACAAUUGUACUGGCUGACAUUGUGUUCAGCAAGCUGAAACCAUCCAUCUUACAGGCUGUAUAUGACAAAACUGCCAUUGAUGUGGCUGGAAAGAUGAGGGCUGAUUUCUCAGAAUUCAGUGGCAACAGGUCUAACAUGGAGAAGCACUUCUUGAAAUCACUGGCAGAGGAAGAGAACUUUCAGAAGGUCAUAGAAUACAUUAAGGACCCAAGGUCAUACUUUGAAAAUUACAUCAGAAAACGUGUGACACACUUCAUUACGACAGAUCACAGUGUCAUCAAGAUCUUAAAAGACAACUUACUGCAGAAGCAUAGCUGUGUUGCUGCAGCAAUGCAAAAUGACACAAAACCUGUUGGAGGUCAGGGUGUGUGGACCUGGCUGGAGUCAUUUUCCAAAAGUUUGACCAAUGAGCUAAAAUUCUCUGUGACAGAACUAGAGGGACUCAAAUUUGAUGACAUCCACGACUUCACUGUUCUCGAAAAAGAAAUGGAAAAGAAACUUAACUCAGUCACUGAGGAGCUGGACGCGGAGCUCAGCAGUGUGUCUUCUAUCAGAAUGGAAAUGUUCAGGGAAGGACCAGACAGGAUCCUGAUAAAGCAGCUGUGUGAUUGCUGCUGGGUUCAGUGCCCCUUCUGUGCAGCCAUCUGCACCCACUCCAUGAAGGACCAUCCUGGAGACCACAGCGUCCCUUUCCACCGGCUUAAAGCAGUGAAUGGGUGGAAAUAUAGAGGUACAGAGAAUUUUUGUCUCUAUAUUUGUACAACUGUGGUUUCAAGUGAUAAGACGUUUUAUCCUGUUUGGAAUGAGGAAAGGAGCAUAGCCUACAAAAGCUAUAAAACUGCUGGUCCACAGUAUGCCUGUUGGAGUAUCACCCCUGACAGCUCUGAGCUUCCCUACUGGAAAUGGCUGGUGUGCACAUUUAAAGAUGACUUUGAGAGGCACUACAAAUAUAAAUUCCAGGGAUUGGGUAUAAUUCCCCCAGCAUGGAAGGCCCUCACCAAAGAGGACGCUAUUAAGAGCUUAGAGCUCGUUUAA